AUGGAUCGUCUCGAAGGUGCCACCCUUUUUAAACUCGAGGGCUCUACCAUCACAGUUGCCAAUGAGGACUUCAACUUGAGAACUCUUUUCUCGGAGAAAAUGUGCGACGCAUUGGGACAACGCAAAGCUGUUUUUUUUGGCGAGCGAAUCUCCGACCAGGUCCCUGCCGCCAUCAAACUGAGAUACCAGAUGAACCCGAGAGGCGUUGUAAGCGCGAGGCAGAACCCCUGGGUUAAAGACUUCGCAGGAACAAUCUUCCACCGCGAGGUAGAUGGGCUGAACGAUACGUCUACCAUCAGCGGUAUACCCGGCCUGUUGGCGCAAGAUACGCUCGAGCAAACCUCUUCGGACGAAUACCCCGGCGGAUAUUUGCAUGUCAUCGUCACCCAGCUGAUGCCUGGUAGGCCCAUUGAAGACUAUCACAACAUCAGCGCAAGCGAGGGCAAGCAAAUAGAAGGGAAAGUCGUUCAAAUUCUGGAGGAUGUGCGCGCCAGCGGCUGGUGUGUCACCAGUGGGGGCCAGGAUGAUGCGAUCUACGGUCGCAACACAAUGACCGUGUAUUAG